CGGCCGGCCUCCUGACUGGACCGAAUGUGCCCGCGGGGACACCCGCCCCAUCCUGCCCAGCGACCGGCGUUAUAAGCAUGCCUUGUCGCCGGGUCCCCUCCCCCGGAGGCGCCGCCAUCCCCUCUGCCCGGCGCACGCUCAUCCCUUCGCUCCACCCUCCCCCUGGGUCUCUCCACCCUUCCGCCUGCCGAAUGAAAAUCCUCCGCCUCCUUGGCAGCUUGACGCUGCUGCUCCUGGCCGCCUCCGCCGCCCUGGCGACCCCCGACCCGGACGAGCACUUCCUCGCCCCGCUGGUCGACAACCCGGAUGCCGAAGUCAUCCCCGGCCAGUAUAUCGUGGUCUUCCGGCCGGACGUCUCCCUGGCCAAUGCCCGGGUCUUUGCCGACUCGCUCAACAUCGGCCGCUUCAUCCACAUCGGCCGCGAGUUCAAGGCCGUCGCCGGGCCCCUGUCCCCGGAGAUGCUGCACCAGGUCCGGGCCCGGUCCGACCUGGUGGAUUAUGUCCAUGUCGAUCAAAUCGCCCGCAUCCAGGCCCUGGCCCAGUACAACCCGGACUGGGGUCUGGAUCGUGUGGACCAGCGCAAGCUCCCCCUCGAUGACUACUACAUCUACGCCAUGCACGAGGGAGCCAAUGCCCAUGUGUACAUCAUCGACACCGGCAUCAACCACGACCAUGUGAACUUCCGCGGCAAUGCCUGGAGCGGCUACAACUUCCACGACAACAUGCACCUGGCCGAGGAUGACAACGGCCAUGGGACGCACGUUGCCGGCACCGUCGGCAGCUCCACCUGGGGCGUGGCCAAGAGCGCCUCGCUCAUCAGUGUCCGCGUCCUCGGGGCCAAUGGCUCCGGCAGCAUGUCCAACGUCGUGGCCGGGGUUGCCUGGGCCGCCGAGCACCAUCGGAACUCCCUGCUCAAGAAGUCCGUCGCCAUCAUCUCCCUGACCACCAGCGCCAACCAGCCCCUCGAUGAUGCGGUGCUCGCCGCCAUCCACGCCGGCCUCACGGUCGUCGCCGCCGCCGGCAACGAAGGUCGCGAUGCCUGCCACUUCUCCCCCGGGCGUGUGUCCGCCGUCAUCACGGUGGCCGCCUCCGACAUCAACGACGUGCGCGCCGGCUUCUCCAACUACGGGCCCUGCGUCGACAUCUUCGCCCCCGGGGUGUCCAUCACCUCCACCUGGAUCGGCUCCUACACCGCCACCCGGACCCUCUCCGGCACGUCCAUCGCCGCGCCCCAUGUGGCCGGCAUCGCGGCCCUGCGGCUGAUCCAAAACCGCAGCAUCGACAGCCCCACCGCCCUCAAGGAGGAUAUCAUCCGGGAAUCCACCAAGGACAUCAUCACCGACACCCGCGGAUCCCCCAACCGCCUGGCCUACAUCUACUACCGGUAG